GGAGGAGGCGGCGCCCGCCCGCCGCCGCCGCCGCCGCCGCCUGCGGACCUGCAUCCCCGCGGGGCGGGCGAGCGGGCGGCGGUCCCUGUGUGCGCUGCGCUCGGCGGGCGGCUGCGGGCGGCUGCGGGCGGACGCGGGGCCAGGCCGGUGCAGGGGCUAAGUUUCUGCAAAGUUUGACCCGGUUGCCUUUCCGAUGCUGCAGCAGAGCGAGGCAGCGCGGGGCGCGCUAGGCGGCUGCGGCGCGGCGGCGGGGCUGAGCGGCGAGAGCUCGCUCACAAUGAUCAUAAAAUAAAGAAGGCGCGCGGGGUGGGGGCGAGAGAGCCCCGAGCCUCACCCCUGUGCCCCCCGGCCACCCCCGGCGGCCCAGAGCUUAGGGGAGGUGGGGGCCGGGGGCGCGCAGCCGGCCCCAGACCCCCAAAGAACCAAAGGACACUGCCCAGGGAAGGGGGGUGGGAGCGCCCCGAGGACGCGCCCGCGGCGGGGUCCGGGGCUGGCCGAGCAGCCCGUGGGGCAGGUCUUCGGCGACCGCGGCGGCCCACAGCGACAGAGCCAACGGGAGGGGUCGCCGUCGCUCGCCCCCUGGAAGCCACGGGUGGGCGCUCGCCCCGACGGCGGCCGCGGGCUGUGCGCGCUCAACUGAAGCUGCUCGCCCGCUGAGCGCGGAAGGCACCCGGCAGGAAGUCGGGCCCCUGCGGCGCGGGUGACUGGCGGGACCGCGCCUGGGACCCAGCCUUCCUGGUUGAUGUGCCCCUGGGCCUUGGCCCUCUUUGCCUCAGGACUUCAGGGAGCAUCUCCGAACUGCGUUCUCCGCGUUUGAGGCACGGAAGGGGCUGGAUGUCUGAACAAUAUGAUUAUCUAUUAACCUCCAAACUUUUCUUUUUUUAAGCCCAAAGAAUAUCGGUGAUUUUUGUCCACUGCUUGCAGAAGACAAAAGAACCCAGAGCUCUUGAAAUGCAGUAAAAACCCUAUUUAUAAACAGGCCCCAAAGUAGUGAUAUGCAAAGCCCCUCUACUCAGUGAGUUUUCUAUCCUAUGGAUAUCGGUCUUGUGCUUUGAGCUUGGAGCACAGUACUGUCUGCGCUGGGUCCCGCAGCCUCCAUCCUUUCAAUGCCCAGUUUUCUCUGGGAUUGCUGGCCUUCCCUGGAGAUCAGAGCGGUCCUGUGUGCCAUGGGCUGUAUUCAGAGCAUCGGCGGCAAAGCCAGAGUCUUCCGUGAAGGCAUCACAGUGAUUGACGUGAAAGCCUCUAUUGACCCCAUUCCCACCAGCAUUGAUGAGUCCUCCAGCGUGGUGCUCCGAUACCGGACACCUCACUUCCGUGCCUCGGCCCAGGUGGUCAUGCCGCCCAUCCCCAAGAAGGAGACCUGGAUAGUGGGCUGGAUUCAGGCGUGCAGCCACAUGGAGUUCUACAACCACUAUGGGGAUCAGGGCAUGUCCAGUUGGGAGCUCCCAGAUCUGCAGGAGGGCAAGAUUGAGGCCAUCAGUGACUCGGACGGGGUGAACUACCCCUGGUACGGCAACACCACGGAGACGUGCACCAUCGUGGGCCCCACCAAGAGGGACUCCAAGUUCAUCAUCAGCAUGAACGACAACUUCUACCCCAGCGUCACGUGGGCUGUGCCCGUCAGCGAGAGCAACGUGGCCAAGCUGACCAAUAUCUACCGGAACCAGAGCUUCACCACAUGGCUGGUGGCCACCAACACCUCGACCAACGACAUGAUCAUCCUGCAGACGCUGCACUGGCGCAUGCAGCUCAAUAUCGAGGUCAACCCUAACCGGCCCCUGGGCCAGCGCGCCAGGCUGCGGGAGCCCAUCGCCCAGGACCAGCCCAAGAUCCUGAGCAAGAACGAGCCCAUCCCACCCAGCGCCCUGGUCAAGCCCAACGCCAAUGAUGCUCAGGUCCUCAUGUGGCGGCCCAAGUACGGGCAGCCACUGGUGGUGAUCCCACCCAAGCACCGGUAGCAGCCAGGGCGCCCCUGUAGGUUGGACUCCUAAUGACAUUGCUAAGACCAACCCACACAUACUCUUCAGUCAUUCAGCAAAAUACAACCAUUCUACCUUC